AUGAAGUCUCGGCAGAAAGGAAAGAAGAAGGGCAGCUCCAAGGAGCGGGUGUUUGGGUGUGACUUGCAGGAGCACCUGCACCACUCAGGCCAGGAGGUGCCCCAGGUGCUAAGGAGCUGUGCAGAGUUUGUGGAGGAGUAUGGAGUGGUGGAUGGGAUCUACCGCCUCUCAGGGGUCUCUUCCAACAUCCAGAAGCUCCGGCAGGAAUUUGAGGCUGAACGGAAGCCAGACCUGCGGCGAGAUGUUUACCUUCAGGACAUUCACUGUGUCUCCUCCUUGUGCAAGGCCUACUUCAGAGAGCUGCCAGACCCCCUGCUCACGUACCGGCUCUAUGACAAGUUCGCUGAGGCUGUGGCCGUACAACUGGAACCUGAGCGCUUGGUCAAGAUCCUAGAUGUGCUUCAGGAACUUCCGGUCGCCAACUACAGGACCCUGGAGUUCCUCAUGAGGCACUUGGUGCACAUGGCCUCAUUCAGCGCCCAGACCAACAUGCACGCGCGCAACCUGGCCAUCGUGUGGGCCCCCAACCUGCUGAGGUCUAAGGAUAUAGAAGCCUCAGGUUUCAAUGGGACAGCAGCCUUCAUGGAGGUGCGUGUGCAGUCCAUCGUCGUCGAGUUCAUCCUCACACAUGUGGACCAGCUUUUUGGGGGUACUGCUCUCUCUGGUCAUGAAGUGGAAAGUGGAUGGCGAUCACUUCCAGGGGUCCGAGUGUCAGGCAGCCCUGAGGAUGUUAUGCCACGGUCCCUGCCCUACAAUCUGCCUAGCAUCCUGCAGGCUGGUGAUGGACCCCCCCAGAUGCGGCCCUACCACACCAUCAUAGAGAUUGCAGAGCACAAGAGGAAGGGGUCUCUGAAGGUCAGGAAGUGGAAAUCUAUCUUCAAUCUGGGUCGCUCUGGCCAUGAGACCAAACGUAAACUUCCACGGGGGGCUGAGGACAGGGAGGACAAAUCUGAUAAGGGGACUCUGCGGCCAGCCAAGAGCAUGGACUCGCUGAGUGCUGUGGCUGGGGUUAGUGAUGAACCAGAGGGCUUGGUCGGAUCCAGCAGUCCUCGGCCAGGCCCACUGCUGACGGAAAGCUUGGAGAAUGAUUCCGUGGAAGCGGCAGAGGGUGAGCAGGAGCCGGACCCGGAGGCGCUGGGCGGCACGAGCUCCGAGCCCGGCACACCACGACCUGGGCGGUCAGCAGUCCGUGUUGGGGGCAGCAGCCACGCAGAGCGCCGUGCUGGUGUCCACAUCUCAGGGCCCUACGAUGUCAACCUCCCAGUACACAUCAGCAAUAUGCUCAAGAUGUCUCCAAACAACAUCGCUAACAUCUCCUUGGCGGGGUUUGCCCAUGGUCUUGAACAUCCUGCCCUACAGCCCCGGCCAAGCCCUGCCUCUGGCCCCGGUCCUGGCCCCGGCCUUGGCCCUGGCCCCCCAGAUGAGAAGUUGGAGGCAAGUCCAGCCCCAGGUUCCUCAGCUGACUCGGGCCCAGUGGAUGUGGCCCCUGCCCUGGAGGACUGCUUGUCCCAGGAGGUGCAGGAUUCCUUCUCCUUCCUAGAGGACUCAAGCAGCUCAGAACCUGAGUGGGUGGGGGUGGAGGACGGGGAGGUGGCCAAGGCAGGACCAGCAGGAGCAGCCUUCUCCCCUGGGGAGGAAGACCCUGGGCUGGGCUACCUGGAGGAGCUCCUGGGAGUUGGGCCUCAGGUGGAGGAGUUCUCUGUGGAGCCACCCCUGGAUGACCUGUCCCUGGAUGAGGCACAGUUUGUCCUGGCUCCCAGCUGCUGUUCCCUGGACUCUCCUGGCCCCAGGCCUGAAACAGAGGAGGAAAGCGGGGAGGAAGUCUUCCUGAGCGCCUAUGAUGACCUAAGUCCCCUUCUGGAGCCCAAACUCCCAACCUGGGAGGGGCCAGGCAGUGAAGAGGAAAAGGCAGCAGGGUCUGGAAGACAGGAGGCUUCAGGACAGGCUGAGGGAGAGCAAGCCUUGAGUGAAGAUGGAGAGAACAAGGAGGGUGGGCCUGGAAGCAGACGAGACGUCAGGGAGGAGGCUGAGGGGAGCCCAGAGAGUGACGUGGAGGGCAGAGUGGCCAGUGAGGAAGGAGCAGAGGCCGAGGGAAGCCAGCAGCUGAUUGACAGUUUGAAAGAAGGAUGUGGGGGGGAGACAGAGGCCAAGGCAGAGGAGUCCAAAGGUCAGCAGGAGGAUGAGAGAACGGAGGAAGCUAAGCGUGUGGAAGCAACUGGAGGAGAGCUGGCUAAAGUCCAGGGGAAGGAAAGAAAGACUGAGAGAGAGGGAGGUGCUGAGGAAGCAGAUGAAGCCCAGCUAGCAGCUGGAAGGGACUCAGAGCACGAGGCCCAGGAAAACCAAAUUGCUGAAGAGAGCUGGGAAGUUGUACACAAAGAGGCUGACGGAGGCAGAGAAAAUGAGGUCAAAGGACAAAGGGCAGAGGAGGGUCAAGAGGCAAGAGAAGACCAAGGAGAUGGCGAAGAUAGCAGGGUCCCAGCAGCUGCGGCAGCUGAAGGAGGAGCAGGGGAGAUCAGCAAGGAACGGGAGUGUGGACACGGAGAAGCUGAGGGAGACCAGAGAGCUGGAGGGGAACGGGUAGAAGAGGGUUCCCUCCCCGAAGGGUCACAGGUAGAGUCCCUGGAGGUUGACAGUGCCAAAGGAGGCAGCUCCCAGUCCUCUGAGACAGAGCAGGCAGCCCCACAGCCGCCUCGGCCGGAGGAGAUGGACCUCGAGGGGCAGCCCAAUCCCCCUGGCUCGGCUGGCGGCGUGGGCAUGCGCCUGGCUUCCACCCUCAUUCAGGUCCAGCAGGUCCGCUCUGUGCCCGUGGUACCGCCCAAGCCACAGUUUGCCAAAGUGCCCAGUGCAAUGUGCGGCAAGAUCCACGUGGCACCAGCACACCCAUGCCCAAAGCCUGGCCGGCUCGAUGGGGACAGGGCCUGGGGCUCCCGAGCCUCCCGCUCCUCUUGGAGGAAUGGGGGCAGUCUUUCCUUUGAUGCUGCCGUGGCCCUGGCUCGGGACCGCCAGAGGACUGAAGCUCAGGCAGUUCGGCGGACCCAGACCUGUACUGGUGCUGGGGACUACAGCCUCAUCCCCAAAACCUCCCCCCAUAGCAUGAUCCCUGCCUACGCUCCCCGGCCCCUUAGCUGCCUGGAGAUCCCAGCUGAGGGCACAGAUGGGUCUGGACCCCGGAGUCGGUUUAGCCUGCCUCCCAGAGAACCCCAACCUCCUGAUCCCCUUAUGUCCCCCCAGCGCCGAUCGUAUGCAUUCGAAACACAGGCUAACUCUGUGAAAGGUGAGGGACUGUAA